AAGUGAGGACGAAUCCGGUUACAGUUUACAGAACAGAUCGAAUUGUCCACUCUGUGAUCGAUUGCUCAAGGUAACGAAAACCAAACAGCCAUUGGAAAACUGGGAAAAAGAAAAACCAGUUGCAGUUCUGUCUAUCAUAGGAGAGGCUAAAAAGUAUCUGCCUAAUGAGACGAUUAAAACUCAACUUAAAAGUGGUCUGCUUGAAUUAAUGAAUACAACAUAUAUAUGGAUAAUAACUGAAGGACAAGAUACCUGCAUUGGGCAGAUUGUUGAAGAAGUGAUUCGAGAAAACACAGACAAAAGUCAAUCCUGUUGUUUCCAUAAGGAUGAUAUUGCACGAACUAGUAACAAUAAUGGAAUCACAAUACUUCAACCACACAAAGGUAACCUAGAAGUUUGCAUUAAAGAACACUUAGAGAUCCCGUUGAUAGUUAUGCUUGUUGGUGGCGAGGAAGGCUCGUUCGAAGCCGCUAUGGAGAAUUUAAAAAGGAGUUUUCCUGUUUUGGUCAUAGAUGGGUCUGGGAAAGCGGCAGACUUUAUAUGUAAGGGAUUCAGAAUGGGUAUGAAUAACAGCAGUAAGGAAUUUAAAUCUGAAUUGAUAGAAGCAGCAAAAAUGCUUUAUGGUUCAAAUGAUGAAGAGUCGAAUACAAUACAAACUAAAUGUGAGGAGUUAAUAACGCAACUACAGGAUGAAAUGGCGGGAAAUUCGAAAUCGAUUCAUGUGUACUCUGUACAUGAAACAGCAUACACCUUAGACAGAACAAUUCAGGAUAUAUUAUUUGACGUAUUUUACUUAGACGAAAAGAAUGAAGACAAGCUCACAGAUAACAUAUUACAUUUUGCUGAUUUAUGGAACAGACCUGACAUUACAGAGAAGGAAAUAUUUAAAUUAGAAAACAGCAAAGUUUUGGAAAAGUUACAGAAAAAACUAUGCAUAAAAGAGAGCAAAUUAUCAAAGCUAUUCACCAAUGCAUUGAAGGACGAUAGGAUUGAUUUAGUUAGGCAAGUGCUCGAAUAUAUUUUGGACAAGGAACUGUAUAAAACUUUCUUAGAUCACUCACUUGAAGGCUUAUAUGAGACCAACGGCUGCCUUGGAAAAUAUAUUUUCCUAGAAUUAAAGGAUAAUACACUUAAACAAAAGAAAAUUGUGGACAUGAUUAAUGAUGCUGUGAUAAAGAUACUCGGAAGCGAAGAAAUGAAGCCCUUUGAGAAAGGUGAUGAGAUAGGUAUAAAUGAUAUUUUCAAGCACCUGUUUAUCUGGGCAGUGCUUAUGAAUCGCAGAGAUUUGGCCAUGUUGUUUUGGAAGAGAGACGGUGAUUAUAUAUGUUCUGCAUUAUUUGCAAGUUCACUUGCUAAAAGGCUGGCUGAAAACGCCAGCGCUGAAGCAUUCAUGGAUGAACAGACUGCUUUAUGGGAAAGUUCUAGACAUUACGAAGACCUUGCAUACAGUGUGAUGACAGAGUUAUAUUUAAACGAUAGAAAGCACGCUCGCCAACUGUUGGUGACAGAAGUGAAAAGAUAUAAUUCAACUACGAUUUUUGAAAUAACUGAAAAGUUCACAUUGAUGAAGUUUAUGGGACAUGCUGCAUGUCAAACAAAGCUGAAUAAAAUUUGGAAGGGUCAAAUAAAAGGGGAAACAUCAAAUUUAAAGGCAAUAGUUUUUGCUGUUACUUUUCUCCCUAUAUUGAAAUGGGACAUAUUGAAGUUAGACAAAACUGGCAAGAGAGCAAAAAACAAAGUCACUCAAUCGGAGAGGUUGGGUACAAAAGAACAGGAGAACAAUACUACAUUUUUACAAUCUGCACCUAAUUGGAUGAGGAAAAUAUAUUACUUUUACAACUCACCUUUGAUCAAAUUUCUUUUUUCCGUUUUAACGUAUCUGACAAUGUUGGUGGUAUUCAGCUUGUUUGUACUAACAGAUUUACAUUCCAUUGAAGACAAAUUUCCCUCAAUUUAUGAAUACAUUGUUUAUGCAUGGGCUGCAUCAUCAUUAACAGAAGAAAUACGACAGGCUAUUGCUAUGAAUCACUUUCAAAGUUUCGAGUGGAGGCAACUGACCCUGAAUGCAAUGACCUGGUUCUCCUUUUGGACACUGUUUGAAUUGUUGAUGUACUGUAUGUUUAUCAUGUCUGUAAUUCUUCGAUUUACAUUGUCAGCUGAGCACUUUUAUAAUGCACGAAUGAUGUAUGCAGUAACAUUAGGAACAUUUAUCAUAAACAGCAUGCAGUUUUUUCUUGUUUCCAAACAGAUUGGACCGAAAGUUAUUAUGAUUGGAAGAAUGAUGUUCGACGUCAUUUUCUUCAUCUUGAUAUUUGCUGUGUUUUUAUUCGGCUUCGGAGUCAUUUACCAAGCAACUAUGUACCCAAAUACAUUACCUGGAUUUCCACUUUUUCAGAAUCUCGUAUAUAUGCCAUAUUGGCAGUUGUAUGGAGAAUUAUUCCUAGAACAAUUUUACGGAACACUGCCAGAUGAUUGUACUGAAAAUGUAGAACUAUACAGUAAUGGGACUAUGGAUAGAUGUCCUUUAAGAAACCAGAUAAAUACAUUUGUACUGUCCGUUUACAUGGUGGUAACACAUAUAGUUCUUGUAAAUCUUCUAAUUGCGAUGUUUUCACAUACGUUUACAAAAGUUCAAGACAACAACGAACUGGUUUGGAAAUUCCACAGAUUUUCGCUCAUUCAGGAGUAUUAUGAUAGAUCAUCAUUGGUACCACCAUUUAUUAUCCUCAGUCAUCUCAAGAUAUUUAUUUUGUACAUCAAAAAUAGAUGUACAGGUAAAAGAAAAAACAAGUUUAAAAUUACAGAAACUGAUGCCGAAAAUGAAAAAUUAGCUAUUCUAGAAAAAGAUGCAGUAUACAGUCAUUUAAAUUCAUCAACUCGGUUACGAAGACGUCGGGCCAGAAAUAUGAAUGCUGAAAAGGACGGGUUUGAAGCUAGUUAUGAAAAAGAUACAGAUCUAAGCUUGCAAGAACAAAUAAACGUUUUGUCGUCUGACGUAGAUAUAAUUCAGAAAAAUCUAGAGGAAACUCUGAAGACUGUAAAACAGAUAAUGGCAACAAAACAGAAUGUAUUGAUAGUAGAGGUUCCUAGGGGUAUACACAGUUAAAAUAUGAACAAAUGAAAGCAUCUAUAGGGCCUCGUCAAACCAUAAUAAACAUGACAUUUAAUAAAGUGAUUAGAUGCAAAUUAUAGGAUAAUAGGUAGAAAUGGACUCCAAUUUUUUUAUUCUAUAACUUAUUCUUGCUGAUAUAUUCCUUUGAAUAUAUAAUAUUUAUGUAUUUAAGUGGAAUUUUAAGAUAUCUACAUGUAUCUUUCAAUGCAUUGACUGUUGACUACUGUUCCCCUAGUUUUGACAUUUUUACCUAUUAUGUCUGUUUGUUUUGUUCACACAUCGUUGUCAAUAUAAUGGAAUUUUAUGCGACUGUCAUACAGGUUGUGAGAGGUUUAGCUAGCUAUAAAAACAGGUUUAAACCACCAUUUUCUACAUAAGAAAAUGCCUGUAUCAAGUCAGGAAUAUGACAGUUGUUAUCCAUUCGUUUGAUGUGUUUGAGCUUUUGAUUUUGCCAUUUGAUUAUGGACUUUCCGUUUUAAAUUUUCCUCGGAGUUUUGUAAUUUUGUUAUUUUACUUUUGUUUUGGUAUACAAUAUGUAGGUGUAAAUUUAAGAGCAAUAUUCAAUCUUCUAACGGUUAAUCGCAGCUUCAAUGAUAGUGAAGAUGUAAAUGUAUUUCGAAAUAUUUAUUGGUUUAUUAUAUUAUGUUUUUCAUUAACAGUUAGUUUAAACGUGCUAUCUUUAGAAACUUUAUUUUAAUUCAUUUUUGUAUGUACUUUUUUGUAUUUUUUAACGAUCCGACGCCCUUUUAGGAAUGACUGUUGACCACAACAGGUGUCAAUAAUAUAAUUUUGUAAAGUGUUGAUUGUGAAAAAAAAAGCUUUAUGAAUUCAAACAGACUUUUUACAGGUUAAAGGUAAUACGACUACGUAUACGUCCGUAUAUACCAACAAGUUUUACCUUGAUCGUUUAACAGGUCGAAUGAAGGCAGUAAUUACAUUUAGUUAACCAAAAUCUCGAAAUAGUAAAUUCUAAACAGGUAAUACGCAUGUUCCUAAUCAGACAACAGAAGAUUUUAUCUCCGAAAAAUUUGAAUGAAAAUUUAUCAAGUUAUUAGACCAUUAUCCCCAGGUGUUGUUUUUCUGUUUGUUUUUAUUCAAAAUGUGUAUGACCUUUUAUGACUUUCACAAUUUAAGAAAAUUAUAAAUCAUUUAGUUUAAUUAAUUUCAAAUUGAACAUUAUUCCGAAGUAUAUGUUCGUCUAGGUAACCAAAACCAUUUAGUUGAGCAUAUUUUAUUGUUUAAAAGGGCUUUAAGUACGGAGAUAUUUGCAUUUUAUCAUAUCUGUACCUUUACUUUGUAAUUAUGUAGUUUUACCUUAACCAUGUAUUAUUUUACUUGUCUGUGUAGUUAUUCAAAUAAAUAUAUAUUAAUAUAUAA